UUUCGUUACCCAACACAGUUCCUUCCCGCCAUGCCUACUUCUACCCUCCAAUUCCCCACCUUCCUCUCUCUCAAACCCCUUCCUCCACGCGCCACCUUCCCCAACUGCCCCACCUCCUCUUCUUCCUUCUCCACUCCCUCUCGCCCCCAACGACGUCGUCUCACUCUCACCCCCGCCCCCGUUGCCGCCUCCCUCAAGGAAAAUCUGGGCCGGCUUGGCAAGACCUGGAGCGACGUCACUAGCCUGAACAGCUGGGUUGUCCGAGACUACUACCGCCUUGUCAGCUCUGUUAACUCCUUUGAGCCGCAAUUACAGAGGCUCACUGAUGACCAGCUUACUGCUAAAACUGCCGAGUUCCGGCGAAGAUUGGGACAGGGAGAGACACUUGCUGAUAUCCAAGCUGAGGCUUUUGCUGUUGUUCGCGAAGCUGCGAAAAGGAAGCUUGGUAUGCGGCAUUUUGAUGUUCAGAUUAUUGGUGGCGCAGUGCUUCAUGAUGGCUCCAUUGCUGAAAUGAAGACGGGAGAGGGGAAAACGUUGGUUUCCACAUUAGCUGCCUAUCUUAAUGCCUUGACUGGCGAAGGUGUUCACGUGGUAACUGUAAAUGAUUACCUUGCUCAAAGAGAUGCUGAGUGGAUGGGUCGUGUUCAUCGCUUCUUAGGUCUUUCAGUGGGUCUUAUUCAGAGUGGGAUGACAGCUGACAAGAGGAGAUGCAACUACAGAUGUGACAUCACAUACACUAACAAUUCAGAACUUGGUUUUGACUAUCUACGAGACAAUCUUGCUGGAAACAGCGGAGAACAAGUUAUGAGAUCGCCACAGCCAUUUCAUUUUGCAAUAGUUGAUGAAGUUGACUCGGUUCUUAUUGAUGAAGGAAGAAAUCCGUUGCUUAUUAGUGGCGAGGCUAGUAAAGAUGCCGCACGCUAUCCUGUUGCUGCUAAAGUGGCUGAGUUGCUUGUACGAGGAAUUCAUUACAAUGCAGAACUUAAAGAUUAUGCAGUUGAAUUGACUGAAGAAGGAAUAGCUCUUGCUGAGAUGGCUCUUGAAACAAAUGACUUAUGGGAUGAAAAUGACCCCUGGGCCGGAUUUGUGAUGAAUGCACUGAAAGCUAAAGAGUUCUAUAAGAAGGAUGUGCAAUAUAUUGUCAGAAAUGGGAAGGCACUCAUAAUCAAUGAGCUCACUGGCAGAGUUGAAGAGAAGAGAAGGUGGUCUGAGGGUAUUCAUCAAGCUGUGGAGGGUAAAGAAGGUUUGAAGAUUCAGGCAGAUUCAGUUGUUAUCGCCCAAAUUACAUAUCAAUCUCUUUUCAAGCUCUACCCAAAGCUAUCAGGGAUGACUGGGACUGCAAAAACUGAAGAGAAGGAGUUCUUGAAAAUGUUCCAGACACCAGUUAUUGAAGUGCCAACAAAUUUGCCAAACAUUCGUAAUGAUUUACCUGUUCAAGCUUUCGCGACUGCGCAUGGGAAAUGGGAAUUUGUUCGUCAAGAAGUAGAAUAUAUGUUCAGGCAGGGGCGGCCUGUUUUGGUUGGCACUACCAGUGUUGAGCAUUCUGAACACCUGUCUGAUCUACUGAGGGAACAUAACAUUCCCCACAAUGUUCUAAAUGCACGGCCCAAGUAUGCUGCCAAGGAGGCCGAAAUUGUUGCCCAAGCUGGACGGAAACAUGCCAUUACGCUUUCUACUAAUAUGGCUGGCAGAGGCACUGACAUAAUCCUAGGAGGGAAUCCCAAAAUGCUUGCGAAAGAGAUUAUAGAAGACAGUUUGAUUUCAUCCCUGACACGAGAAGCUCCUGACAUUGACAUAGAUGGAGAGGCAAUUUCACAAAAGGUAUUGUCAAAGAUAAAAGUCGGUCCAUCAUCAUUGGCUUUGCUGGCUAAGACGGCAUUAAUGGCUAAGUAUGUUUGCAAAAAUGAGGGUAAGAGCUGGACAUAUAAGGAGGCAAAGUCCAUGAUAUCAGAGUCUGUGGAAAUGAGUCAAUCAAAAGAUUUGAAAGAGCUAGAGAGGCUUGCUGAUGAACAGUCUGAGAUAUACCCUCUUGGCCCUGCAAUAGCACUUGCUUAUCUUUCAGUUUUUAUAGAUUGCGAGGUACACUGUCUCAAAGAAGGAUCUGAAGUCAAAAGCCUUGGGGGCCUUCACGUGAUUGGAACAUCAUUGCACGAGUCUCGUAGAAUAGAUAACCAGCUCCGGGGCAGAGCAGGAAGGCAAGGUGAUCCGGGAUCAACUCGAUUUAUGGUGAGCUUGCAGGAUGAGAUGUUUCAAAAGUUUAAUUUUGAUACUGAGUGGGCUGUGAGAAUUAUUUCAAAAAUUACUGAUGAUGAGGAUGUACCAAUCGAAGGUGAUGCCAUUGUGAGACAGCUCCUCUCCCUGCAAAUCAAUGCAGAAAAGUACUUUUUUGGGAUAAGAAAGAGCCUGGUUGAGUUUGAUGAAGUACUAGAGGUGCAACGAAAGCAUGUAUAUGAACUUAGACAGUCAAUUUUAACUGGUGAUAAUGAAAGUUGUUCCCAGCACGUAUUUCAGUACAUGCAAGCAGUGGUGGAUGAAAUUGUCUUCAAAAACGUUGAUGACCGCAAGCACCCAAGGAACUGGAGUUUGGACAAGCUUCUGAAGGAGUAUAUGGCAAUUUCUGGGAAACUAUUGGAUGAUUCAUUUGCAGAAAUUACUGUGGAUGCUUUGUUAAAAUCUCUUGCACAAUCAAAUGAAAUGAACUCUAAAGAAAUUGAUGACAUUCACCUUCCAAACUUGCCAAGACCUCCAAAUGCCUUUAGAGGUAUCCGCAAGAAGAACUCUUCAUUGAAACGUUGGCUUGUUAUAUGCUCAGAUGAUUUGACCAAGAAUGGAAGGUACCAUGCUACUACUAACCUCCUCCGCAAGUACCUUGGAGACUAUCUGAUUGCUUCAUAUAUGAAUGUUGUUCAUGACUCUGGAUAUGAUGAUACCUACGUGAAGGAAGUGGAAAGAGCAGUUAUUGUGAAAACCCUUGACUGUUUCUGGAGGGAUCACCUUGUAAACAUGAACAGGCUCAGCUCAGCGGUGAAUGUAAGGAGUUUUGGGCACAGGAAUCCUCUUGAAGAAUACAAAAUUGAUGGUUGUCGAUUUUUCAUAUCUAUGCUUAGUGCAACACGAAGGUUGACUGUAGAGUCACUUUUGCAAUAUUGGUCCUCCCCAAUGGAGUCUCAAGAACUUUUUCUAUCAUGAAUUAUUACUUAUUCACUCGUUUAAUUGUAAGUACUCCUAUUUUAUUUCUCUUGCCGGCACUUCACCAUCUAUUCUUAUGACUCUGGCCAAAAUCUAUUCCAUGGCUGCCAGCCUGCCAUAACUAACUUAAAUUUUUCAACAGCUAUGGAUCCAUACAGAAUUCAUACUUCAGUUGUAAACUUGUAAUCGUGCUGAUACAUUGAAUGGUCCCGUGAGGGGAACAUGAUUAUAUGAUGGUAUCUCUGUGCGCUAGUAUGUCUACUGAACUGAUCUUUCCCAGUAUGAAAUGUGGUGCUUGUCAUCUCUCAGCUUCAUUAUGUGAAUUAAAUUUGUAACCUUAUCCAGGACUGGACCCGGAAACGGUUUCAUUGAUGAAGGCAUCAUGUGUUUGCUGAUGAACUGGGGAAUUGGAACUGCAACACCUUGAUUGGAGGGAUUGGAGCAAACAGAUUUGCAUCGUAUGGGAAACACUUCCAACUCUUAUUGCAAG